CAUCAUGGCCGCUAUGCAUGAGUGUAGCUGUUGCUGUUUCAUUCUAUAUACAAACUUUCUACUUCGGUCUACCGUUUAUAUUUCUUUUAAGGUUUCACACCAAUAAUUUUAAUACAUUGAGUGACAAACAGAUGAAGAAAGAAAGAGAGAGAGCACUGAAAGAAACAUUCGAUAAACACAUUGUACAAAAAGAAGCGGUCCAUCAGAAGAAAACCGCAGCCAAGGAACUAGCGAAACAACAUCCAAAUAAAGUAGCUGCAGCAGUCUUUGAUCUGCAACAGGUAAUCUAUUUACCUAUUUCCAAGGAGAGUGCCAUUUUUUACAAGUGUCUUUUAAACUACAACUUUACCAUUUAUAACAUUGGAAUUAAGCACUGCCUCUGCUUCCUGUGGCACGAGGCGAUCAGCAGAAGGGGAUCCUGCGAAAAAGCUACAUGUCUUGCUAAAUUCCUUCAAAUUCUUGAUAGAGAAGGAAAAGAGGAAGUUCAUCUCUUCUCCGACGGAGCUGCUGGGCAGAACAAAAACAAUAUAGUGAUUACAAUGCUCCUGUAUGUCUUAAGGCACUCCACUAGCUUGCAUUCGAUCACCCUCAACUUCUUCGAGUUAAACCAUGGACAGAGCGAAGGAGAUUCUGCGAACAGUGCUAUUUCAACUGCUCUGUCUCACUCCGGUGAUGUUUUCAUGCCUUGCCAGCUACCACCAAUAAUAACUCUUGCACGCCGAGCUUCUCCAUAUGAAGUUCGAGAAAUGCAAUCUAACGAGUUCUUAGAUUAUAAAAAAUUCUCUGAAGUCAUUAGAAUCAAGACUAUAAAAUUCUUUGACUCUGGACAACCAGUCAAUUGGAAAGAAAUCCGUGAAGUAUUUGUGACAAAAGAGGAUGUGAACUGCAUAUACAUCAAAAAUAGUCACACUGAUGCUACCUACGGGAGGCUGUCUCUCAAACGUCAAGCUUUGGACUGCAUGAAACAUGGUGUUUCCAAACUCAAUUCUAGUCCUCCACCUUUGGCCUACGAAAAAUACUAGGACUUUGUCACACUUUGUGUUGGUCCCAACCCAGUGAUUCGUAAUCCUGUUUGUCACAGCACUUCUACAAAGGAUUAUCACACCUUGGACAGCACCCAAAUAUUUUAAUAUUACAUUUCACAUAUAGUGUACACAUUGCUAAACUAUGUUGAUUUGUAUUCUUCUGCAUAAAAAUCGUUAAUUCAAAGAAAAUACAUAUUGAUGUAACUGCCAAAA